AUGGAUGUGAUUGGUACCGUGAACAAAGAUCUCAACAUAUCUUUGGACCCUGUAGAGCAAGCGAUCGGGCGGUUCGGUCGCUAUCAGUUCUGGCUCUUGUUCAUAGUGAGUCUGAGUCGACUACCAACGGAGUUUCAACUAAACAACGUGGUCUUCCUCAUCCCUGGUGUCGACUACAGAUGUUUGGACAACAACCUGACAAAUGUUUGUCCAUGCAGCAACCCAGAGUAUGACACCAGAGACAUUACUAGCUCAGUAACGACUACAUGGAAUCUGAUAUGCGACCGCCAACCUUGGGCCAGCUUGGCUAUUUCGGCUUUGCAGUUGGGCAUGCUGGUUGGCAGUAUAGUGUUUGGCCAUGUUUCUGAUAGAUACGGCCGCAAAAACGCUAUCGUCAUCACCCUCACGUUGGAAGCUUUGGCCGUGGCCUCAUCAGCAGCCGUCCCUUACUUCUGGCUGUACCUGGUACUCCGCCUCCUGACCGGAGUCUUCGUCGGAGGAACCCUGGUCUGCACCUACGUGUACCUCGUCGAGCUCAGCGGGAAGUCCUUCAGAUUAUACCUCAUGGGUCUUCAAGAGGUUUCCUUUGUUUUGGGCUACAUGGUGGUACCGAUUGUGGCGUACUACGUGAGGGACUGGAGGUAUCUUCAGCUGGUGACGUCAGUUCCGUGGGUGUCGGCGGUGGCGCUUCACUGGCUGCUGCCAGAGUCUCCAAGAUGGCUGAUCACGAUGGGACGCAGGCAGGAAGCCAUCGAUGUGCUUAUGCAUAUCGCUAGCAAGAACGACAUGCAAACGAUAAACAUCAACGAGAUCAUAAAUCAAGCAGAGAGACAAUCCUACGAAGAAUCCUCAAACCAUCGGGGCUCCUACGCUGACCUAUUCAAGACGCCUCAGAUCCGUAAAUACACCAUCUUGACCGGUUUGAUCUGGCUCUGCAUAGCUCACGUGUAUUUUGGCGUCAACCAGUACAUCGGAAGACUGCACGGAAACCUUCACAUCAAUGUGAUGCUGUCAGCCGCUUCAUUGGGCCCUGGAUUGAUUCUGUGCACUUUCGGAGCGUAUUUCUUCAGCCGUAGAGCUGGAGUCAUCAUCAGCAUAUGCGCAUCCGCUGUCUCUCUACUGCUGUUCUUAGUGCUCCACAGUAAGAGAUCUCUGACUCUCGCCUUCGCCAUUAUAGGCGAAGUCGGGGCUUUUACGGCUAUCAUGCAAAUGUACAUGUUCUCUUCCGAAUUAUUCCCGACGGUGAUCAGAAACUCAGCUCUAGGGUUCGCCUCGAUGCUGGCUCGAUGUGGCGCGAUCAUCUCCCCGUUCGUCGUGAAUGUGGGCGUGGAGUGGAUAUCUGUUCUCGUGUUCUCGUGUAUGGGUGUUCUGGCGGCUGUUCUCUGCUGCUUCCUGCCGGACACCAAGGAUCUGGUGUUGGCGAACUCGAUACAAGAGGUCGAGGGUUGUGGGAAUGGGAUGAAGGUUGAUGAUGACCAGAGGUAUUGAGUGUAAGUAAUUAAUAACUCUAGUGAAUUAGCACAUUAAGUUUCAAUAUUACUCUCUAUUAGAAGAAGAUAAUGAAGUAUUUAAAAGUAAUAUAACGGUUAAAUAAUUACGUGCAUUUAUCUACCUCUUGCGUCCUUUAUGUGUAUAAUUACUAAUUAAUUAGUCUGGUUUGCACGUAGAUUCAUCUGUCAUGUGUCCUACAUUUAAGUGAUUUUCAAUCAUGAUAUCUCAAAUGCCCAAUGUAAUGUAUGAUUUUAAUAAGUUAACAAUAUUUUUUAUAAAAAUAUAGGUACCUUAUUAUUUGAACCUUUUUUUUCUUAUUUUGAUCUACCUUUAAAAGCACCACGAGCUAGUAGACUGAUACUGCUAUUGUUCAGGAUGGGAAUUCAUACUUCUCGU